UUAGACAUAAUUGUGUACGCACGUGUGUCAGUCGAGUUUCUUUCAUUUGCACAUUGAAUUUCAAUUUAUUUAUCGCAUAGAAACUAAACAGAUAAAAUGGCUUUGAAACGUUUAAAAACUAAGCAGUCAAAGCGAAAGACUUGUGCUCUAAAGUACAAAAUUCUGAAAAAAGUUCGUGAACACAAGCGAAAGGUACGAAAAGAAGCACGUAAAAAUCCAAAAGGAAAAAGUCUUAAAAGUAAAUUGAUACAGAUUCCAAAUAUUUGCCCGUUCAAAGAGGAUAUAUUAAAAGAAGUGGCCGAACACAAACAGCGUCAAGAAGAUGAAAAACAACAACGACGUGAAGAAUGGAAGUUGGAACGUAUUCAACAACAGCAAAAGAAACGAGAAAAAACUCUCGAAGAGAUGGUUGAAGGUGCCGAAAUGCGUGACGCCAUUCACGAUGCAAUGACCGAUGGCAAAACAAACACAAGCGAUGGUGGCAAAGUGUAUAAAGGGGAGAAAAACACAGAAAAUUCAUUGCGAGCAUAUUUCAAAGAGUUUCGCAAGGUUAUCGAAAUGGCCGAUGUUAUUUUAGAGGUUGUUGAUGCCCGUGAUCCGCUCGGCACACGUUGUAAUGAGGUCGAAAGAGCGGUUAAAUCAGCACCGGGCAAUAAGCGUUUAGUUGUUAUUCUAAAUAAAGCCGAUUUGGUGCCACGUGAAAAUUUAGAUAAAUGGUUAAAAUAUUUGCGCCGAACUGGACCGGCCACCGCAUUCAAGGCAUCAACACAAGAUCAAAACAAUCGCUUGGGACGAAGAAAAUUUGGAAAAGGUGUUACCACCGAGAAAGUACUUCAGGGCUCAACUUGUGUGGGAGCCGAUCUGUUGAUGUCAAUGUUAGCCAAUUACUGCCGAAACAAAGGUAUCAAAACAUCAAUCAGAGUUGGCAUUGUUGGAAUUCCAAAUGUUGGCAAAAGUUCGAUCAUUAAUUCGUUGACCCGAGGUCGGGCAUGCAAUGUUGGUUGCACACCAGGUGUCACAAGAGUGAUGCAGGAGGUUGAACUGGAUUCAAAAAUAAAAUUAAUUGAUUGCCCCGGAAUCGUGUUUACACAAGCAAGAAAUGCCGGUGAACAGAUAACUUCAAAUGUUUUGAAGAAUGCACAGCGUGUCAGUGAUGUAAAAGAUCCAUUUAAAGUAGCCGAAUCGAUUUUGCAACGUGCGAGUAAAAAUUAUUUCUGUCGUUUGUAUGAUAUAUCCGAAUACGAUACACCCGAAGAGUUUUUCGCAAAGAAAGCCGCUCGAAUGGGAAAAUUCCUUCGUGGCGGUGUUCCCGAUGCAGAAGGUGCGGCAAGAAGUUUGUUGAACGAUUGGAAUAUCGGAAAGAUAAAGUACUGUACACAGCCACCCGAAUCCGAUACAAAUGUACAUAUCAGUGCUUCGAUCGUUAGUGCCGAAGCUCGUGAAUUUGAUAUUGAAAACUUUGAUCAAAUGGAAACAGAUAUGCUGAACAAUUUCACAGUGAAAGUGGAAGAGGCGAUGGAGAUAGCUAGCGCAGGUCCUGUACAAAUGGACAAAAAUGCAAUGGCUCACAUAAUCGAAGAUGAAUCGGUUAACGAUAGGGAUGACUCCGACAAUGAAGCUCCAAAAGCGAAACGUGGACGCAAAGAAACCGAAACAAAAGUUGAUCCGGAAAUGUCAUUGGAAGGUAAUCAAACUUGCAACAAAGACAUGAAGCAAAUGAGAAAGAAGGCGAAGAAAACAAACAAACGCAACGAACGAAAGGUUAACGCUGUUGCUGAUGUUUUAGAAAACUUUUCACUUGAUAUGUCAAAUGAAAAGGAAGACUACGAUUUUGAAACUGAUUUUAGUUAAAUUCAUUGCUUUUUCCGGAUUUGAUAUUUUACCCCUUUAUAAAUAAAAUCAAAACAUAUAUGUAUAAAGAAGAAAAA